UCCGCAGUCAUCAGAUUCACCUCACGCACAGAGGAGUGGACUGGGAGGGAUUCGUCGAUUGACAUCUUCGUUUGGAAUGUUCCAAGGUCAAGAGACUUCCUGUGGACUGUUCCAUGAUCAGGCUCCCUCUGUCUGUCUUGCACCAACGAACUCCUGAUAGUUGCCCUCUCGCAGACAAUUUGACUCAGACAUAAAGCCGUUUUUAUCGUGAAAUCAAUUCAAAACAGUCAGAGGACAUUCGGCACUUAGCACAUUAAUUUCCAUUCAACGUUGACACAUUAGAUUCUGUUGUAGCUAGCUGUUUACUGCGCUAUUCUGUUCGACAACUUCUUGGCUAUCACCUACCUGUGUGAACACGUGGAAUCACUGGAUUGGAAAGGCCAGAACAGCUACGGUUUCGUCUGCAUUUGCAUCUCCUCACCUGCAUACCUGACAGAUGACUCAGUUGGAUAACAUUGAUGUCCAGGAGGUGAAGGUGAAAAAAGAGAAGAGUGAAAGGAAGAGCGAUUUUACACCAGGAAGUGUGAAACCACAGAAGGAGCGAGUGGAAUCGUCUAAGAAACCCUCCGAUGGAAGCAAGGCCAAGGCCCAGAAGAAGGUCAAGGACCUGAAGACGGAGGAUGUGGACUCGGACGCCUCAGAUCUCCCACUGCGACUGCUUGUGAAACAGGAGCCAGAUGGUGCAGACUUUGCUGAGGAGAAGAGGGGGAAGAAGAGGAAAAGGAUUAAAGAAGAGGACGAGGCAGCAGCAACAGAUGAAACAUCAUCCAAGAAGAAAUCGGCAAAGAAAAAGAAGAGAGUGGAUGAAGAUGGUGAUGUAGCUUCAGAGAAGAAGAAGAAGAAACAGAAAACUGAAGGGAAACCAAAGAAACCCAAGAAGGAGCCUAAAGAGCCUAAGGAGAACGACAAGGGCAAGAAGAGCAAGGAGGAGCGUGAGGCAGCCAGGGCCCUCAAGCUCAAACUCAAGGAGGAAGAGGAGCAGCAGCGCUGGAGAUGGUGGGAGGAGGAGAGGUACGAGGAUGGAGUGAAAUGGCGGUUCCUGGAGCACAAGGGGCCUUCCUUCCCCCCGCUGUACCAGCCCGUGCCUGAUGACGUCCGCUUCUACUACAACGGCAAAGUGAUGAAGCUGAGCCCGGCGGCAGAGGAGGUGGCCCUGUUCUUCGCCCAGAUGCUGGACCACGAGUACACCACCAAGGAAGUCUUCCGCAACAACUUCUUCACCGACUGGAGGAAGGAGAUGAAUUUGGAGGAGAGGAUGGUCAUCACUGACCUCAACAAGUGUGACUUCGGAGAGCUUCAUGCCAUGCACAAGAGCAGAGUGGAGGCCCGGAAAAACAUGUCCAAAGAAGAAAAACAGGUGAUAAAGGACAGCAACCAGAAGAUCGUGGAGGAGUUUGGCUUCUGCCUGCUGGACCACCACAAGGAGCGCAUCGGCAACUUCAAGAUCGAGCCCCCGGGGCUGUUCAGGGGCCGCGGGGAACACCCCAAGAUGGGCAUGCUGAAGAAGAGAGUCAGGCCAGAGGACGUCAUCAUCAACUGCAGCAAGGACUCCAAAGUGCCUGCGCCCCCUGCUGGUCACCGCUGGAAGGAGGUGCGCCAUGACAACACGGUCACCUGGCUGGCCAGCUGGACGGAGAACGUCCAGGGAUCCGUCAAGUACAUCAUGCUCAACGCCAACUCUAAACUCAAGGGUGAGAAGGACUGGGAGAAGUACGAGGUGGCUCGUCAGCUGAAGGGCCGCGUGGACCAGAUCCGCUCCCAGUACCUGGAGGACCUCAAGUCCAAACAGAUGGUCACCCGCCAGAGAGCUGUGGCCCUCUACUUCAUAGACAAGCUGGCGUUGAGAGCAGGUAAUGAGAAGGAGGAGGGGGAGACUGCUGACACGGUGGGCUGCUGCUCUCUGCGCGUGGAGCACAUCAGCCUGCACGACGAGAUGGACGGACAGACCUGCGUAGUGGAGUUCGACUUCCUGGGUAAAGACAGCAUCCGAUACUACAACAAGGUCCCCGUCAGCAAGAGGGUCUUCAAAAACCUGAGGCUCUUUUUGGACAACAAGGAGCCAGGAGAUGACCUGUUUGAUCGCCUCAGUACCACCACUCUGAACAAACACCUGAGCUCCCUGAUGCCUGGGCUGACUGCCAAGGUUUUUCGAACAUUCAACGCCUCCAUCACUCUACAACAGCAGCUGAAGGAGCUGUCCAACAUGUCAGACAGCGUGGCGGAGAAGCUCCUGUCCUAUAACCGUGCCAACCGUGCCGUGGCCAUCCUGUGUAACCAUCAGCGCGCCCCUCCCAAAACAUUCGAGCAGUCCAUGGCCAACCUGCAGUCCAAGAUUGACGUUCGUAAGGAGCAGCUGGAGAUAGCCAAGAAGGAGAUGAAGGAGGCCAAGAAGGAGGCCAAGGCUAACCCCAAAGACGCCAAACUGCAGACUGUACUUGAUAAGAAGCGUAAGGCGUUGUCUCGGUGUAAGGAGCAGCUGCUGAGGAUGGAGGUGCAGGCCACAGACAAGGAGGAGAACAAGCAGAUCGCACUCGGCACCUCCAAGCUCAACUACCUGGACCCACGCAUCAGCGUAGCAUGGGCCAAGAACAUGGAGGUGCCACUGGACAAAGUGUACAACAAGUCCCAGAGGGACAAGUUUGCCUGGGCCGUGCACAUGACCGAGAUGGACUUUGAGUUCUAGAGGGACCGGAUGUGUGUUAAACAUACAGCACUUACUUUUUGGUUCAUUUUUAUUAUUUUCUUGUAAUACUCAACUUUUAAAAAUUGCCUUUUACAUUAUUAUUGUUCAUGUAAUUGUUGCCACUGACUCAAGAAAAUGGUUUUAUUGUGCUUUUAUGACUGAUUAGUUUUUACACAUUUUUAAAUAAAUGUUGCUUGUUCAAAGAAA